GCUAAUAGCAUAUUUAAGCAGCCGUUUCAACAGAUCGUAAAUAAAUAACCGCAUUAUCUCCUCUUAUCUUCUGUUAAAAUGUAAAAGGAGAAUACAAAUGUGUUAGCGUAAUGUUGGUGGACUUAGCUUGUAGCGUAGUUUGCUUCGUUUACACAGCGGCUAAUGUUUUGACAUUGGUGAAUGUUGACCAUUGUUAGUCCUCUGUAGCUGAACUGCUGGUCUGAUUUGAAACUAUAAACCUUCAGUGUUUGCAGUUUGAAUGUGUGAAAGGAAACGAGGACAUACUUGAAGAAUGGAUCCCCUCGCACACAUACUUGAUCAAAACGAUGGACAAAUCACAGAGGAAUGCAUGUUGGGGAACUGCAGAGUCAAUCUUCCAGAGGAUCUACUCGAGGACCCUGACAUUUUCUUCGCUGCACUGAGCGAAAGCACCUGGAGUGAAGUCCUGUCAGAUUCCCAGAAGCAGCACCUUCGUCAGUUUUUACCACAGUUUCCAGAGAACAAUGUCACGGAGCAGGACAGCACCAUCAGUGACCUGUUCAACAACAGAAAUUUCCACUUUGGAAAUCCCCUACAUCUUGCACAAAAAUUAUUCAGAGAUGGCUACUUCAAUCCUGAGGUGGUCAAGUACAGACAAUUGUGUGCCAAGUCUCAGAAAAAGCGACAGUUGCACUCCCUUCAGCAGUAUUACCACAGGCUGUUGAAGCAGAUCCUUGUCUCCAGAAAGGAGCUGCUUGAGUUUGCUGUUCAUAAUGGCCUGGACUUUCCACCAAAAAGAAAGUUACAGACCAAGACUAACGCUGAAAAGCGGGAGCCAAGGGUGAGAAGAAGAUUGAGUCGUAUAUUAAAGGAGGUCAAAACUGAAUGUGGAGACAGCAAUCCUUCAUCUGAUGAUGACGACAUAUCAUUAUGGACUCCAGCACCACAGUCGCCUUCUUCUUCGACCACCACAGUUCCGCUCAGAGUUUUUCCCAGCCUCUCUACCCAAGACAUGAAGGCAACCGAAAAAGUAGAACUAGGUGAGCAGGACUUGAAAACCAUGCUGCAAAAUCAUCGGGAGAAGAGGAAGCGACAACCUGAACAUCCUGACCUGAUGACUUCUGAUGUCCAUCUUGGAGACGUACUUUCAAGAGCAAAUAUUGGUCGUAAGGGGACCAUGUCACUCUUUGACCUAGCUGUCCCUAAGAAGAAGAUGAGAGAUGAGAGGAGAAAAAAGAAAAUGAGAACAAUUAAAGUGGAAUCUGAGGAUCCGUUUGAAACUCUGGCCCCUGCAGACACUUUGUCUGCCCCACCAGGAAACAUCAUCAACUCUCUGCCCGACACACCGUCUACUCCACUGGCUCACAUCAAGGAAGAAAUUGUGGAGGAGUGUCAGAGCAGCCCGGUUACAGUUGAUGAAAUAGCUGUCAGUUUCUUCAGUCUGUUGGAGAAUAUCCUGAGGGCAGAGAUUCUUGCCAGUACUUCAAUGUUGGAGGAAAAAGUUCAAAUAUGGCAGUCCACUCCAAGCAGUUCCCUCAACGUGUGGUUUUCAUCCGCCUCUUGUUGGUCUGAACUGGUUCUUCAAGCCCUGCAGUUUCUUGCAGGGGAAACUAAAGAUGGCAUGAUGGCGCUCCCCAGUGGCUUUUCUCCAUUUGUAGAAUUUGUGGAUGAAUCCCAGCAGUGGAGGUGGAUUGGUCCCACUCAGGACACGGAGAAGGAUCUCAGUGCACUCUGUCAGCUGUGGCUGGACUCCAAAGAUUUAGUUGUCAAGACAGAAAAUGAAGACAUGUUAGAGAUGACUUCACCCGUACAAAGACUCAGUUCAACUGAUUAUGUGGUUCGACCAAGCACUGGAGAUGAAAAACAAGUGUUUCAAGUCCAGGAGCUGCAGCGAUACAACCAGCCACAUAAAGCCUUUACCUUCAGGAUGCACGGCUUUGAGUCUGUUGUGGGUCCAGUUAAAGGAGUGUUUGACAAAGAGAUGUCUCUCAACAAAGCCAGGGAGCACACGCUGCUCCGCUCAGACCGUCCUCCUUAUGUCACCAUCCUGUCUCUGGUGCGGGAUGCAGCAGCCAGGUUACCCAAUGGAGAAGGAACGAGGGCAGAGAUCUGUGAGCUGUUGAAAGACUCACAGUUUCUGGCUCCAGAUGUCACUAGUGCUCAGGUGAACACGGUUGUCAGUGGAGCUCUGGACAGACUUCACUAUGAAAAGGAUCCGUGUGUUAAAUACGACAUCGGCCGCAAACUGUGGAUUUACCUGCACCGCCAUCGCAGUCAAGAGGAGUUUGAGCGGAUUCACCAGGCUCAGGCCGCUGCUGCAAAAGCAAGGAAGGCUCUACAGCAGAAACCGAAACCUGCAUCUAAACCUAAGUCUGCAAGUAAAGACGGAGGCACCAAAACUCCUGGAUGUUUGGAGGGAAUGGAUAUAAGCUCCAACCCCAUGUCACCAACUCCUACAACACCCACUCCAAACACACCUGGAACUCCCAAGUCUCCCCUACCCUGCACAACCGCCACACCAACAAAAACUGGAGCUCCAGAUUCAAUGAAAAGCACCCCAGGUGUUCUCCUGGUGUCCCCUCCUUCGUUGCCUCAGCUGGGAACCAUCUUACCCAGCAGUCAGGCUGCUCCUGCAGCUUCACAUCCGCUCACAUCCCAGCACACAGCUCGGAUAGUGAGUCAUCUCGCCGCGGGAUCUCAGGUGCGUGUGGUUCCUGCUCAGGCUGGUCUGAGCUCUUCAGCCGGGACUCAGCAGACCACACUGGUCCAUCAGACUCCUCACCAGAUCAGGAUGCCGGUGUCGGUGGCAACCAAGGGCAUUUCACAGACGGUGGUGUCUGUGCCUCUGAGGACUCAGUCUGCCAGCAGCCCGGUCCAGGUGCCAACCACUCUGUCUGUCUCUGCUGUAAAUGUAGCUAAAUCUCAGUCUGGAUCACCUGGUAGUCCAGCUCAUACUCCGGCCCCCCCCGCUGUGCUACAAGGAGUCAGCAGCCCCAACAUCAAACAGGUUUCCAUCACAGGACAACUCGGAAUGAAGACUCCAGGGACAGGAAUUCCAAUUACAGCCACAAACUUGCGCAUUCAGGGCAAAGACGUCCUUCGUCUUCCACCGUCUUCCAUCACCACGGACGCUAAAGGGCAGACGGUGCUGCGGAUCACCCCUGACAUGAUGGCAACUCUGGCCAAAUCUCCUGUUGCAACUGUCAAACUCACCCCGGACUUUCUGGGCUCUGCCGCCUCCGGCAACAAAAGCAUAUCAGCCACUCUCCGUGUCGCUCCUUCACACCCUUCACCUUCAUCUUCCUCCAGCGCCGCUUCCUGCGCAGGGGAAGUACAGAGCAGUAAAUCGGGCCACAUGGCUUCCACCUUGUUGAAGGCUGCAGGAGACACGGCCAUACGCCUGAUGCCCACGCUCGCCGUCACCGCCGACCAGAAAUCCAGGACCUUCUCCACCGUCACCUCCCCCGACAAGAGCGGCACCACCAUCCGGAUCAUGCCAGGACUUGGUGUCAUUCCACAGAAACAGGGUCAGACCAUCACCGUGACGACCACUACUGGCACUAAAACACUCACAGCAUCUACAUGUGCUAAUGUAGUGAGCAUGGCAGCCAGCGUUGUAGCAGGUACCAAGGGGAUCAGCGUGGCUCCCGGAGUGUCGGGAUCACCUCUGACACUCGGAACAGCGACGGCCACGGUGAGGCAGGUUCCUGCUGCCGUGGUAACCACACAGACGGGGAAGUUACCCGCACGCAUCACUGUGCCGCUCUCUGUCCUCAACCAACCACUGAAGAGCAAGAGUGUUGUGACCACACCCAUCGUAAAAGGAAGUAUUAAUGCAAACAUCAGCAGCCUGGGCAGGAACAUCAUCCUGACCACCAUGCCUGCUGGCACCAAGCUCAUCGCAGGGAACAAGCCGGUCAGCUUUGUGACAGCGCAACAGUUUCAGCAGCUUCAGCAGCAAGGACAGGCCACACAGGUUCGUAUCCAGACGGUUCCAGCGCAGCAGCUCCAGCACCACAUGGCGUCAGGUUCCUCAAAAUCUGUUUCCACAGUCGUGGUCACAACAGCACCGUCGCCCAAAUGUGCACCUGAUCCCCCGCCUGCACCACAACAGUGAGCAAGCUGUGACUCCGGUCCAGUGAAACCCACGAUGCCUGGAUUUGGUUGUUUGACUUGUUUUUCUGGAGCACGCCAGCUUCAAGCACCUGUCUCACCUGUUCAUUUAUCCAGGUCAUAGUUUUCCAAAAGUCAUUGAAUCAGUAGCAAGUCCUGUGUUAUUUCUCUGAAGUUCAGGUUUGGUACUUUCCUCACCAGAAAUUUGGUCUCACCAGUAAAUUUCAAAACUUUACAAAAGCAGUCGUGUAGAGAUUGUGUCGUUGGUGAGGAAACUUUGAAUAAAGCAGGUUGAUGAUCACUCGUCUCCACGAUGAUGUUGAAUUAAAUGUUUGAAGCUGAA